CCUCAGCACGAUGUCUUACCAACAACAACAGUGCAAGCAGCCCUGCCAGCCUCCUCCUGUGUGCCUACCCCCUAAGUGCCCAGAGCCUUUUCCUCCCCCAAAAUGCCCAGAGCCUUGUCCUCCUCCACAGUGCUCUGAGCUUUGUUCUCCAAAGCGCCCUGAGCCAUGCCUCCCUCAGCCAUGCCAGCAGAAAUGUCCUCCUGUGCAACACCUUCCACCCUGCCAGCAAAAGUGCCCACCCAAGAGCAAGUGA